CCACAUGGUGUCUAUAUGGGAAGUCGUGACAAUGUGGGAAACAUGAGGAAUAUGGACGGGACUGGUGGAAAUGUACAUGGAGGUGUGGGUGGAGGAACUGUUGGUGGUGGGAGUGGAGGAACAAUUCUCUUUGUUGAUUACUUGCAUUGGUGGACAACAGAUGCUCAACUGGAAGCAGAACUAUGCAAGUAUGGGCCAGUGAAGGAGGUGAAGUUCUCUGAAGAGACAGAUACUGGGAAGUCAAAAGGUUACUGUCAGGUUGAGUUUUAUGAUCCAGCAGCCGCCACUGCCUGCAAGGAAGGGAUGAAUGGGCAUAUAUUUAAUGGGCGACCAUGCGUAGUUGCAUAUGCCUCACCCCAUACAUUUGAGAGAAUGGGUGAAGCCCAGGUCAACACGAACCAACCACAGAUGGGCCAAACUGCUAAUCAGCCACAGAGAGGGCCAGGAGAUUUGCCUAGCAAAUCUGGUGGUGUUGGUAGCAGCAUACAAGGUAGCGGGAAUCAUCAAUCUGGUGGUGAUAAUAAUGGUAGAGGCUUUGGGAGAGGAAAUUGGGGUAGAGGUAAUUCUCAGGGAGGGAUGGGCAAUAGGAAGCGAAUUGGCACCAUGAAGGGCGGGGCAGGUGGAAUGGCGAUUCGUGGUUUGACAGGUUAUGGUAAUGGAUUUGGACAGGGUAUUGGUGCUGUACCUCCUUUCUUGCAUCCACAAGCAAUGAUGGGACAAGGCUUUGAUCCUGCUUUUGGAGGCCCAAUGGGGAGAAUGGAUAGUUAUGGGGGCUUUCCUGGUGCUCCUGGCCCACCCUUUCCAGGAAUGUUACCUUUGUUUGGGCCUGUUGGAAAUGUUGGAAUGCCUGGUGUGGCUCCCUAUGUUAAUCCAGCGUUCUUGAGGAGGGGAAUGCCUUUGAAUGCCAUGGGAAUGAUGCCCACUCCUGGAGUUGAGGGACCUAAUAUGGGAAUAUGGCCGGAUCCUAAUGUGGGGGGAUGGGCAGGCGAAGACCAUGAAGGGAGAGCAGGAGAGUCUAGUUAUGGGGAAGUAGCUGCUUCUGACCAUGAGUUUGGAGAAGGAAGUCAAGAAGGAGGGCCAAGGCCAGAUGCCAUGAAGGAAAAAGACAGAGAACAAGAAAGGGACUGGUCUAGCUCUUCAGAAAGGAGGUCGCGAGAAGAUAGAGAAGCAGCUUAUGACAGAGAUUUUCCUAGAGAAAAAGAUACUGGACGUGAUCAUGAUUGGUCAAAAAGGAGACAUCGUGAUGACAGAGAUGGGGGAAGAGACAAGGGAAAGGACUGUUAUAGGGACCGCGAGCGUUCGUCAGACCAAGAUCGUGGUCGUGAACGUGAGCGAGAUCGCCGUAGGGAUGAUAGAGACCGGUAUGCUGAUCAUCAGAGGUAUAGGAAUCGUGAGCCUGAAUAUGAUGAUAAAUCAUCAAGAACUCACAAGUCUAGGUCAUCAGACGAGGAAGAACAGAGAUCAAUAAAAAGAGAUGGUGAUUCUGGGAGAAAGCGCCGCAUAACCUCCGAUUAACUCAGGGUCUGUAGAAUGUGUCAGGAUUUAUUUCAGAGAGGAAGCAAUUGUGCACUAAACCAACUGCGAUACUGGUCACUCGAUGUUUUGCUAGCUGGUUUAUUGGAUGCCUGCCAUCAGUGCACUUUGUGAGUUCUAAUUACGCCCAUUACUUCAGUGUUCUGAGGACUCCUUCAGGAAACAGGUUUUCUUGAACGUACGAGUCAACUGGAAGGAAUUGAUUUGUGACCUGAAGCUGCCCCUGCUGAAGUCUGGAUUAUCGCAAAAUGGGUAGUGGAACAUGAAACCUCUUUAGCCAAGAUCCGUUACAGCGUAACCCUUUCAGUUUUCAGACAUUUCGUUAGUUCAAUGUUUGUGGAUAGUACUACAGGUUAAAAUGCUGAUGUCUGGGAUCUGGUUACUGUAUGAAUGUGAUGUAAUAUCAGAGUAAAAAGGCACACAGUCUUGCGGUUUUCGUCCCCUUUUUCUUAUUUUGACUUUGUUGUAAUGCUUUUCCCCGCAUUUUUUGUUGGGUUAAGCAUGUUCAUACAGCAGUUUUUCACAAGAUCAUGUAGAUUGU